CAUUAUUUGUAUCUCAAAAUUCAAAAUCCAUAUUUUUUUUUAUAAUUAAUUUCCUAAAGUAUUUUUCAUUCAAGUAUGGGAGUGACAGGAAAGCUUGAAGUUGAAGUUGAUAUCAAGUGUCAUGGAGAUGUAUUUCAUGAACUAUUUGGGAAGAAGCCACACCACGUCUCCAAAAUCGUCCCCGACAAAAUUCAUGGUUGUGAGGUCCAUGAGGGUGAAUUUGGCAAGCCUGGUUCCAUCAUUCUAUGGAACUAUACUGUUGAUGGGAAAAAAUGUGUUGCAAAGGAAGUAGUUGAGGCCAUAGAUGAAGAGAAAAAAUCAGUGAGAUUCAAAGUCAUUGAAGGAGAUCUUCUUAAGGAAUUCAAGAGCAUAACUUUUAGCAUUCAUGUUGUUCCAAAAGGUCAAACUACUGCAGUAAUGUGGGCUGCUGAGUUUGAAAAAAUUGCUGAUGAUGGGCCCUACCCUACCAAAAUUAUGGACUUCUGUAUUCAUCUCACUAGGGAUAUCGAAAAGCAUCAUCUCAAAGAUUAAUUAUUAUAUAAAUAAUAUUAUCUAUAUGCAUGCAUGAUUAAUGCUUGAUAAUAUUAUUUUCUAUGCAUGAAUUGAAUGAACGAAUGUAUGUAUGAAUGAUGGAAUUCUAGAUCUUAUGUACUACUUGGUUUGUUGUUGUAUGGUUUGAUUGAAGAAUGGUGUUAAUUAUUGCUAGCUAGUUACCAGUCUUUAUGUCAAAUUGGUAACUAUGCUUAAGCUUAAUAUUGUAAUGUAUGUGUAUCUUUAUUUGAUGUUGAAAUAAAUGUUUGAUUGUAAGAAUAAUUA